AUGCUGAGCCACAAGGUCCCUAAAGAUCUCAUGGAGGAGAUUUUUGUGAGGCUGCCUGUAAAAUCCUUGCUUCGGUUCAAAUGUGUAGCCAAAUCCUGGUACGCCCUCAUCACUGACCCUUGUUUUAUUGCCAGACAUCUUGAACGGUCCAGAUCUAUCAGCAAGAUUCGCCGCCUGAAGCUUAUCUUCCAAGUGAAUUGUUCCAAUCGGGUGCCCUUCAUAUCCUUGAUUUCUAAAGACCAACCUUAUUGUGUGCCCCACGACAUGGAACCUCUCCCUCGUAAGGAGUGCUGGUGGUUUCAUGGUCACUGUGAUGGGAUUUUCUGUCUGCACGUGAUCAAUGUCACUGAAGGAGAUGAUAAUGGGAAUAAGUUGUUCAACUAUUUGUACCCAACAAAAGGAGGAGAUAAUUAUCUGCUGGAUAAGCACAACCUAAUCCUUUGGAACCCAACAACAAAAGAGAAUAAGCUUAUUGCGGCGCCUCAGCGCUUUCAACCCAAAGGCAUAUAUAGCUUCUGUCAUGUUUGGAUUUGGGUUUGA